AUGCCGCUGAGAGCCGAAUUGCCCAUUGUGCGCGUCGAGCACGGCUCGAUGCACACGAUUGAGACCCGCAACCCCGAGAAUCUCUUUGGGCUAUGGAGUGUUUUUUCCAAAUGUUCGCCUGCCAUGGAGGAUGGAAAGCGCUACGAGAACAUGGCUUGGCGGCUGUGGGCGCGCGAGACGUUCUGCUGCCAGCCCGAUCACGUUGUGACGCCACAGUGGUCGUUUGGCCAGGCAAUCGCCGCCGGCGCCACUGCAGACGUUCCAGAGUUAUCCACCAGUGUUGCGUCAGAUGACUCGCUCGACCCUCUCACCACGAGCCAGCACCGCUCAGACUCAUCUGCUUCCCGGCCAGACGUGCGCCGCCACGACUCGGCCACCAGCAACCCCCGUGGCAAGCACAUGACUCCAAUUGAUCUUGAGAAGGUCGUCAACUCGAUACAAGAAAAGAAGAUCAUUGAACCCUUGUCACCUCUUCCCCCGCAACUCGCCCCACAGACGACGGCAGAACGGCGACCAGAGGAGACAUUAGCCCCACGCUCCGCAUCGCCACCGUUGACCGCGCGCCGCUGCGCACCAGAACUCUCGACAUCGACCUUCGCCACUGCUCGCGGCAGCGACGACAUGAGCGCCACUGGCUCAGAAGCGAGCACCUCGACCGACAUGAGCCAGCACAGCGUUGUCCGUGGCUUCGAGCCCGGCCACAUCUCCACCUCCAUGCGUUCAAGCACUAACCUCGCACCUACACCGUCGAUCCUGAAGAAGACUUCCAGCUUCAUAGUCAAGCCCCCGCAUUCGAGGGCAGAGCCAAUGAAGAAGAAGCAGCCAAUGUUCACUCUCGGUGGCUCGUCGGACGAGGACGCCAGCAGCUCACUCGAGGCAUACUCUCUGGCUCAGCGCAGCUCCCUGUCUGGAAACCUCCGCAAAGCCGGCUCAAUCAAGAAGACGACUUCUUUCGCCAACCAGAUCAGCCUGCGCCAGUACCAGGAGGCCAUCUCUGAGAGUGAAGGUGCUAUUGAGAGCGACAGCGAUGAGCCUGACGAGAGUGCCAUUGAAGAGGAGGACUCCGGUGACGACUGGGAGGACGACGAUGAGGAGGCCGAUGAGAGCCACCAGUCGAGCAUGCAAACUUCCAGCAUGUUCCCUCGUGUCGACUCCAAGCCGAACCUCACCUCUCACCGCUCCCUCCUCACAACAAUGAUGCACGAAGGCGACCGCGCGCAAGCAAUGCAAAACGCAGCUCAGCGCCAGCAGCCACCAGCGAUUCGUCGAUCUCGCACAACAACACCGAAUGGUCCUUCCAUAGGCAACUCGCCCCAGGAAGACAGCGGUCUGAUGAUGCGUCAACAGGCAUCAAGAGCCAAGCCUAUUAUCAUGACGACGUCGAACGUGCACCCCCCCGCCUUGUCUCCGCGGACCACUCGCCGACUCAUGCUGCAGAAUGAGCUGAGCGGCUCUCUUCGUCAAAACCUGCUAUGGGAACGCCAGCAGAAGAAUGCGACGACCAACGCAGCCAUGCGACGAGCUGCCACCACCACCGACCUUCAGGGCAUGAGUACCAUGGCUCAAGCUCAGCCAAUGCACACCAGUGCGAAGAAUCCCAACAGCUAUUUCGACCAAGGUCUUGGUAGCUACCACACUAAAGGGUGGUAG